UGGGGUAGAAUUAUAUAUCAGUAACGACGCACUCCCCUGCGAAUAAUAUCGAACGGACGUAUUGGAAUAAAAGAUGGAAACAGGAGGAAUGGUUGUCGGUGGAAAUUCAUCUACCUUAUACCGAUAAAAUGAAAUAUUGUUCAAAAAAUUGAGGGGGCUAACAGCAAGGAAACAACUUAACAUUAACAUGUAUAAAUAAUAUUGAACGUACGUAAAAAGCGGGUCGAAAGAGGAGAAGAAGCAGAAGUGAUUAUACGAAAAAUGUUAGCCUCAACAAUAGAUUACAAAUAAUAACCUACACAUUGUCUCACAGCCAAUACCCAAUUAUGGCAAAGUUUAACUCGCCCAUAAACAUCGUUUAUGUUAUGUGUUUAGUAUGUCAAAUUAACAAAAUAUUCGAUAUUAAAUUAGUCGACGCGUCUAGUAACGGUAUUAAAAAUUCACCGCCGGGUGAAGAAGCAUCGACGGCAAAGUAUUUUGGAACAAAAAAUUUCGAAGACAAACAUGUGCCGGACGAUCUGCGAAGUCCUUUUCCCGGUAUGGAGUUCGGUCCGAUGGGUCCAGUCAAAAGACACGAUUUCAAAGGGGAUGUGGAAAAAUCUACGCGUCAAUACGAUAUUGUUACCGUUGAAUUUCACAGGGUAGAAACCCCGUUUGUUAUCGGUAUAUGGAUAUUCUUUGCCAGCAUCGCUAAAAUAGGUUUUCACAUGGCACCAAAAUUAAGCAGAAUGUUUCCCGAAUCGUGUCUCCUCAUCGUCGUCGGGGUCGUAGUCGGAGUAUUGCUAUUCCACGCCGGUAGCGUCCACGUAUCCCCGCUAACUCCAGACACAUUUUUUCUCUACAUGCUACCACCGAUAAUAUUGGACGCCGGAUACUUUAUGCCGAAUAGAUUAUUCUUUGACCAUUUGGGAACUAUACUGCUAUUUGCCGUCCUUGGAACCAUAUUCAACACCUUGUCCAUCGGUGGAUCACUGUGGAUAUUAGGACAAAGCGGUUUAUUCGGGUGUAAGCCACCGCUGCUUCACAUGUUCCUGUUCUCAGCCUUGAUAAGUGCCGUAGAUCCUGUAGCCGUGUUAGCUGUUUUUGAGGAAAUUCACGUUAAUGAAAUACUGUACAUAGUUGUGUUUGGAGAGAGUUUGUUGAACGAUGCUGUUACCGUGGUACUUUACAACAUGUUUGAAGCUUACAGUGAAAUGGGUGAGGCCCGGAUAGUCUAUACCGACAUAAUGUCGGGAUUUAUGUCGUUUUUAGUCGUUGCUAUUGGUGGCACAAUAAUUGGUAUUGCCUGGGGAUUUGCUACUGGAUUCGUAACUAGAUUUACGGAUCAAGUACGGGUCAUUGAGCCGAUAUUUAUAUUCGUUAUGGCCUAUUUGGCCUACCUUAACGCAGAGAUCUUCCACAUGUCGGGAAUAUUAGCAAUAACAUUUUGUGGUAUAACAAUGAAGAAUUACGUGGAAGCAAACAUAUCGCACAAAUCGCAUACCACUGUUAAAUAUACAAUGAAAAUGCUCUCGAGUAGCUCCGAAACAAUAAUAUUCAUGUUCCUCGGGGUAGCAACUGUCAACAACAAACACCAUUGGAAUACAUGGUUCGUUGUAAUGACCAUAGUAUUUUGUUCCGUCUACCGUAUUAUCGGUGUGGUGCUCUUGGCUGCUGUAGCGAAUCAAUUCCGCUUACACAAAUUGGAUAAGGUUGAGAAGUUCGUAAUGUCUUACGGCGGUUUGCGGGGUGCUGUAGCAUUCGCGUUGGUCUUGUUGAUUGAUCCCGCUCACGUUCCGCUUCAACCGAUGUUCGUCACCACGACUAUCGCUGUUAUUUACUUCACAGUCUUUAUUCAGGGAAUUACCAUCAAGCCUCUCGUCAGAAUAUUGAACGUAAAAAGAGCUGAGAAACGAAAGCCCACUAUGAAUGAAAGGAUUCACGAACGAAUCAUGGACCACACGAUGACCGGAAUUGAAGACAUAUUAGGCAAACAUGGGAAUUACCACGUCAGGGAUAAAUUUAAACGAUUUGACAACAAGUUCAUUCGUCCCUAUCUCCUGAGAAAUCAUCAAGGGGCUGAGCCGAAAAUUCUAGAAACUUAUUCAAAACUAACAAUGAAAGAUGCGAUGGAAUACAUAAGAAGAAAUGCGUCGACUAUAGGAAAUAUUAGCGGCACAGAGAGCAUGUCUGCAAUAUUUCGCAACUACAGUAACACUGGUCAAUUCAAUGGCAGCCCAAGUUUUAGUCAACUAGAAUCUAGCUGGAACAUUGAUCUCCAAGAACUGGAGUAUAAUCCGUCAAAGAAAGACUUGACAGAUGCCAAAAUACAUCACUUACUUGCGGAAGAAUUGUGCAAGCCGUAUAAACGCCAUCGUCGCCUUAGUUAUAGUCGUCACGCGGUUAACGAUCGUGACUUAUCGACGCAAGUAAACUAUAAAAUGCACAUGAACAUAAGACGUAUGAUGGGAGAGCAUAAGCAUCGAAACAAACGCAGCAAGAAAUUGCCAAAAGAAGGAAAGCAAAACCACGUCAGUUUCCCGGAAUUUCAACAGAAUGGCUCUACUAAAUUAUUUUCACAAGAUUACAUCAAUGAAGUACUUUAUGAAUCCGAAUGUAAGGAUGGAUAUAAACCAAGUAAUAAAGAUGAUUGGGAGUCCGGGAUUACAUUCACAGCACGUUCAUCAGAUCCCCCAAACGCUCUGGAUUUGCAACUGGAUUUAGUAGGAUUGCCACGUGACAUGGAAGGAGACUGCCAACGAGCCACAACUCCAACAGCAACGGAAACGAUGCUGCCUUGGAAGAGAGAAGAUGAUUAUGAUUCCACACGUCCAGUGAAGCAAAAUGAAUUCCCCGCUUGGUGUUCCAAUAAGGAAUAUUUGGCUUACAAUUCGCCAUCAGCAACGUUUCUGGGAGGGAUUGAACAGCCUAAAGUUCAAUCGGUCAUUGGUCUUUUCGCUCAGGAGAGUAUUUGCUCGAUAAACUCAACGGGAUCACAAGAUGGUAUUGAAAGCACACCUUCCGUGGCGCAAUUAGAAUAUUGCUACUCUCCAUUGAGAAUAACAGAUGGUGCUCACCGAUCGUCUCGUCGAGGAUCAAUGAUGGAAUUGAGAUCGGUCGAGCCAGUAUCACAAGAAAAGCCCGCAAACGGAUCACAUUCUUUACCCGAAUGCUGGAAUCCACAAAAAUUGCGUUUAUCACAAUUUCCAUACGCAGUAAAAACGCCUAGCUUAUCAACGGCUCUUAUAACUUCGUCUUCUGAUUCGUCAGAUUAUGAAGAAGAAAAUAUAUGAAAAUAAUCUUUCCAGAGUACUGAAAAUGAGAUUAGCUGUAAUAUAAAUUGAACAAAUUUUAUUUAGCCUUAGGUUAAUCAACUAAUCGUUGUGUAUUGCAGCACGCCACCAACUUCAUCGAUUCAUUGGUAUUAUUCUACUUUAUUUUCGGCGAUAAAAAUUCACAAAGACUCAUAUUUUUUCAUCUGACACUGUAUCGUCACGGACCUAUGUGUAAGUUGUUGAUUCUGAAACUAUCUUGAUUGCAAUAAGAAAACGUCUGAAAUAGAUUUGGCGCAAACUGUAGAAACUAGUGUUGUAAAAAGUUGAUAAUAAAGAAAUUCGGAACACCA